AUGAUAUUUGCCUGUAUCGCUAUGGUCGCCACGAACUGGAAGACGAUAGUGUAUAUCGUGUACGCUCCAACCAUACUGUUUCUUCUAUACAUUCCUUUCAUUAGGGAAAGUUUGCGUUGGCUGAUCGUGAACGACAAAAUAGACGAAGCCAAGAUUGUGUUAAGGAAUAUAAUAAAGAGGAAUGGAAUCGAUGUGGAUGUAAAAGAAGUCGACAAAAUGGAUUUGGAGAAAAUGAAAGAUGCGUGUGAUGUCGAAACGUACGAACAAAAAGAAGGAUACAGAGAGGCUUUUAGGAGUCGCGAGAUCAUCAAGAGAUUGGUAAUUGCGACGUUCUGCCGAUUCACAGCGUGCUUCACGUACUACGGCUUGACGUUUAACUCAGUUAUGCUACCUGGGAACAAAUACACAAACUUCCUGUUAACCUCGCUCAUGUCUUUCCCUGGGGACUUUGCUUGUAUGUUUCUUAUGAACAAAUUUGGGAGGAAACCGCCGCUUAUAUGCGGAUACGUCUUGGUGGCUGCGUCUUGUCUUUUAUUAUCUGUGGUCCCGGAAAGAAUGUAUUGGUUACAAAUGACAAUGUACCUUACGUCGAAAUUGGUAAUCGCUGCUUGUUUUACCGGAAUAGUGACGUAUAUAAUGGAGCUGUUUCCGACAAGUGUGAGAGGCACCUUACUGGGAGUGUGCGUUCUGACUGCGUCUCUGGGCACGACUUUAGCUCCCCUUACACCGGCUUUGACAUCCAUUUCACCAAUUAUAACGCCGGCUUGCUUUGGAUUAUCCGCUCUAAUUUCAAGCGUAUUGCUAGUCUUCACGCCAGAAACGUGUGAGUUGCAACUAGUAGAUACUAUAGAACAACUGGAAAAGGACUGUGCGAUGACAAAGCUAAGAAAAGAGGCGGUACCGUACCGGCCGAUCAUUAACCCAGUUGGAUUUCACGCCGCGUGCCGAGGGCACGCCACCCGCGCCCUCCGGCAGUUCGCCACGAUGCAAUUGCCCGAAACUCCUCCACCGCCACUCGCUCCAUUAUGGGACAGAGUCCUUCGUGCCCGCGCCUUGCCGCCCGAUUUAGACGUGCAACUCCUCUAUGUAGCCAUCAAGGAUCGUCUCGCUCACCCCGAGUGGGAAGUGCGGUUGCACGCGCUGCGAGUCCUCGCGGAUCUCCUGCCUCUCUCUGGAAACGCUCUGUCCUUCCCGUUCGAUCAAGUCAUCGACAACUUGGGACAUAGCUCGCCGAACGUGAGGAAGGCUGCGUUAGAUGCGCUCAAAGUUUUUUGUAUCCAUUGCGAGGAACCGGAAUGCGCAGCGCGUGCGAUUUUAGACAAGUGUUCCUAUAACAACGUAAGACCUCAUUCAGCCGAUAUUAGUUUAAAAAUAAGUGUCGUACAAGGCCUAGUGUUAAGUAUUCCUACUCUUUUCGGGAUUUUAAAACGGAGAAGCGGAGAUCUGGACAUGUUCCCUUUGAUAGAAAACUUAGGGGAGAAAUUAUUUGACUCUAUGCACAAGGACGCCGCUUUAAGAACUUUAAUGAAAUUACGACGCGUGUGUGGACCGCGCGAUUAUGCUUUCUACUUUUCUAGACUAGACCCGAGAAUACAGAAUAAAUUUCGCUACUUGUGCGAAAUAUACGAUGAAGACUCGAUGGACGUAUACUACGCGCCGAGGAAACCUCAAAUUCAACAUUUAACACAAAUGAAUCGGCCUUUACAAAACUCUACUACGGUACCCCUACACUUUUCUACAGACUCGUCGACUGAGGGGUCCUAUAGAAUACCACUACAUCAUAAUAACAAUUUCGCAAAAGUAAUAAUUGAAACUGAAAUACAAUUUGAUUCCGAUACAGCGAUCACUAUGACUGUUUUAGAACAAAAUGAAACGGAAUCCGACAGAAAUCCGGUGAGUGAUGAGGACGUUUAUAGCGAUGAUAAUUUAUUUCUAAAGUAUAAUCAAGUGGAUUCCGAAGAAGACUCCGACGUAGUCGUCAAAAGAGUUCGUUUCGGGGGUGAAAGUGUCAAAAUACGGACGCCAGAUAGUGAUAAUUUAUUAAAUAGUGAAGAAGAUAUAAAUGUCAAUGUUCCUACGAACACAUUAAUUGAAACAAAAAGUGAUGAGGUUUUAGCGAGCAAGCCUAAAGAUGUAAGUGAACAAAAAGAAAUAAAACGAGAAUCCUUUUCAAACACAACGCGAAUUACACCCAAAAAAAGUGGUAUUCCGCUACCCGUGAUCCAAACUAAAAAAAAUAGUCAAACUAAUGGAAUUAACAAAGGUGAUGUUAAAUUAAAGUCGAAAUCUUUGAGCGAAUUAUACGAAUACUUCAACAAUAGAAAAAGAGAGCCCAAGGAUAGAACUGGUUUUGCAUUAACGCUUUCAAACCAGCGAUCGCCCGAAAGGGUUUCUGGCAGUCCCGUAGAACCACAUAGAGAAGUUGAAGUGUUACAUAACUUACAAAGGAGUCCCACAAUAUCGCCUAGAAGACCGCACAAUCGUGUGAGUGUUGAUGGCAACGGAUUCGUCCUGAAUUUAAUAGCUUCUUCGCCCCCUGAAUCCCUCUUGCUGUCUCCCAGACCGGCGUCCCCAUUACGGACAAAAUACGAUUGGGAGAGCUUGGAUCUUGUAUCGCAACACGUCAUUGAUCAACUACAUAAUACGGAAAACUGGAUAGCCACAGUGAAGGCGGCCGAUCAGCUUCACGGCACGCUAUUGCAGACUGAUAACGUGACGCGAGUGGAGCCCGUGGCCUUAUCUCUAAUACAACACAUGUGGGCGCUAAGCGACGCCGUGCCAGCAACGAGGGCACCUGCCGAAGGCGUUGUAUGUGCUAUUGUUAGGAACAGUAGUUCAGAUUGUAUUCGGCAGCUCUUGCCCGCACUCUUGGAGAGGACUGCGAGGGAACCAGCGCCAGCGGCGUUGCCACAUGCCUUGUUACAGAGGAUAGCCUUGCACCACCUUAUUGAAUUGAUCUUUGAUCCGAAUAUGAUUAAGGAAACAGACCAAGAAAGGGCAGAGGACGCUCGUCUGCGAGCCACCAUGUGCCUGGCACGAGCUGCGGGUCCGGCUGCAGUGCUAACGGCUGUCAGGAGGCAAAUGGCCGGGUCGCCAGAAGCUGAUAUAUUCUGUAACAAACUGAGAGAAAGACUGAACAAACCGCUCGAGAAUAUAAGACCAACUCACUUUUCUAGGAUUUCCCAACUGCCUGUACCACGACGACGUGCAAGAUCCACACCAGCCGCACCCACUCCCCGGCCACGAAGACUGCGCCCGUUGCCUGAUUCAGCUCCUUUACCCGGUAUUAUUUCGCCCAGAAGAACCUAUUAUGCAGAGCCAUAUGCAGUAACUGUAUUAUCUGAAAAACAUUCCAGUGCGAUAACGAGUUCGCCAGAAAAGCGAACAACUUCACCCGUCAAAGAAGAAAAGACUGUUGACGCCCCAACUUCAGAGAUAAUUGAAUCAGAAAGCCUCUCAAAUGCCCCAAGCACACCGUCAAUUCGCGUUCAAGAUUAUUCGGAGAGCCAAUCGAUAAAAGACCUAGAUCAUAAUAUUACUUCUGAACAACCAAACAAUACAGAAACUUUAGAUGAUACUGGAACCUUUGAGAGAUCCGAUGCGAUAUCUCAAAGAUCUGAACUAGACGAACGAACCGAAAUUUCUGUCUCUCGACCUCAAAGCGAAAAAUCUAUCUUAGAUCGCCCAAAGAGCUAUUCGCUUGAAUCUAUAAAGAGAUCUGUUGAAGAGGAAUCGAAGAAGGUAAUUUAUGAAAGGGACGUUCGUGUAGCGCUCGCGGAGACCAUAAUUCCUGCACGACAUGAGGAUUGGGAAGCGAUAGUUAAUGGAUUGUCUGAAAUGGAAAGGCUCGCCGCGGAUGAAUCGGCGCGAGCCCCAGCUGCUAGUUGGCGGGCAGUGGUCCGUGCUGCAUCGACACACGUUAGGUCUUUGCGGUCAAAAGUGGCUCGAGCGGCAUGCUCGGCUCUAGGUACCCUAUUCGAAUGUCGCGGAAAAAUUCUAGAACCCGAAGUAGAAGAGGCAACUGGAGCACUUUUAGAGCGUUGCGCAGAUGCUAAUAGAUUUCUUCGGGCUGAAGCCGCCAAUGCUUUAGGUCGGGUUGCGUGUGGAGCAGGGUGCGCAAGAUCUGGUGUCGCACUGGCCAGGAAAGGAGCUACACAUCGCGCCGGCCCCGUUAGAGCGGCCGCUGCACAAGCCCUCGCACGGUUAAGUCGGCACGCAGGUCCGUCUAGAAUUUUGGAACUUCCACCCGAACCACGGGUCGUAAUAUUGAGAGCAGCUGGUGAACUCCUCGGUGAUGCUCAUCCUGAGACCAGGCUCCACGCCCGACAUUUAUUCGUUUCACUGUCUGAAGACCAGCGAUUUUAUCAAAUGCUGAAAGACUCUAUGACACCGAGCCGGUACCGCGCAAUCGAAAAAUUUGUGGAAAAGUUAAGGUGUCGUUAA